AUGUCGGAAAAAUUUCGUCGAGAAGAAAAUGAUGAUGAAGUUAAAAAUAUUGAUCGUAAAAGAAAUGAAUCAAGUUCUAUUCAUGGUUCAUCUUCAACAACACCAAAACGAAGUCGUCGAGAUAAAGAUGAUGUUGAAAAAGAAUUAAUUAAUGAAUUUUGUUCAAGUUCAAAUAUUGAAUUAAAUCGAAAAGAAAAAGUUCAUGGUUCAUCACAAUUAGAUAAUUUUUAUGCAUCAUUUUUACCAUCAAGUCAAUAUUAUGAAAGAUCUUAUAUGCAUAGAGAUAUUGUUACACAUGUUAUUGUAACAGUAACGGAUUUUUUAAUAAGUGCUUCACAAGAUGGUCAUAUUAAAUUUUGGAAAAUUUUAACAUCUGAUUAUUUAAAACAACAACAAACAGCUGUUGCAACAAAUCAAUCAUCAAAAACAAAUGAUGAACAACAAGAACAAAAUAAUUGUUUAAUUCCAUUUCCUAUUCAAUUUGUUAAACAUUUUCGUGCUCAUUUAGGUCCAAUAUUAUCAAUGUGUGUAAAUGUAUCUGGAACAUUAUUAUGUUCAAUAUGUUCUGAUCGUACAUUAAAAAUGUUUGAUGUAUUAUCAUUUGAUAUGAUAACAAUGGUUAAAUUAGAUAUUCAACCAUUAACUUGUUCAUUUGUUGAUUCAUCUCGUCAACCGUUAUCAAAAUUAGCUAUAUCAGAUAGUCAAUCAUCUUCUAUAUAUAUAUAUGAUGCUAAAACAUUAAAUAUAAAAGAACCAUUAAAAAUCUUAUCAAAUAUUGGUCAUGGUUCAUCAGUAACAAUAAUAAGUUAUUCAUCUGAAUAUGAUUUAGCUAUAUCAUGUGAUCAAACAUCAAUUAUUAAUUAUUGGUCACCAACACAUAUUGAAUAUUUACCUAAUAAUAUAUUAUUUAAAUCAAAAUUAGAUACGGAUUUAUUUGAAUUAGUUAAAAGAAAAUUAAUUCCAAUUGCAUUAGAAUUUAAUAAAAAUGGAGAUUUAUUUGCUUUAUUUGGUAAAUCUUUAUUAGAAAAAAAAUUAUUUCUUUUUAAUACAUUAAAAGGUAAAAUAUUAAAAAUCUUUGAUGAACAUUUUGAUAUAUAUAAACAAUUACAUGAACGUUUACAAUAUAAACAACAAGAAGAAGAAGAAGAUCAUCAUCAUGAUGAUAAUGAUAAUGAGAAAAAAAAAUUUAAUUUAAAUAUAUUAAAUAAUGUUGAAUAUUCAAGACGUUUAACUAUUGAAAAAGAUUUAGAAAAAAAUUCUUCUAUUUAUUCAUUAAUUAAUAUUCAAUUUGAUUCAUCAGGAACAUUUAUUUUUUAUUCAACAUUAUAUGGAAUUAAAAUGUUAAAUAUUCGAAAUAAUUCUAUUAAAUUAUUUUUUGGUACAACCGAAAAUGCGAGAUUUAUUCGUUUAGCACUUUAUCAAUCUCAAAAAUCAUCAAAUGAUAAUAUUAAUCCAACUAUUCUUUUUGCAACGGCUUUUAAAAAAAAUAGAUUUUAUUUAUUUACAAGAAAUAAUCCACAAGACAAUCGAACUGAACAUGAUAAUGAUCGAGAUGUUUAUAAUGAAAAACCAUCACGUGAAGAAAUUUUAACAGCAACAGAAGAACAAGCAUUAUCAUCAUUAUCUCAAUCAGCUAUUAUUCAUACAACAUAUGGGGAUAUACAUAUUAGAUUAUUUCCCGAAUAUGUUCCCAAAACUUGUGAAAAUUUUAUUCAACAUUCAAAACAAUCUUAUUAUAAUGGUUGUAUAUUUCAUCGUGUUAUUAAACAAUUUAUGAUUCAAACAGGUGAUCCAUUAGGAAAUGGUACGGGUGGUCAAUCAAUAUGGGGAAAAGAUUUUCAAGAUGAAUAUCAUCCUCAACUAAAACAUGAUCGUCCAUAUACUGUUUCAAUGGCAAAUGCUGGACCAAAUACAAAUGGUUCACAAUUUUUUAUAACUGUUGUUCCAUCUCCAUGGCUUGAUAAUAAACAUACUAUUUUUGGAAGAGUUUCAAAAGGAAUGGAUGUUGUAGAAAAAAUUUCUCAAGCGAAAACCGAUCGACUUGACAAACCUUUAGAUGAUAUUAAAAUCAUUUCAAUAUCUAUUAAAUAA